AACGUAGAAAUUUCUGACUAUCGAUAAUGAGUGGAAGAGGCAAAACCGGCGGCAAAGCGAGAGCGAAGGCUAAGACUCGCUCCUCCAGAGCAGGGUUGCAGUUCCCCGUCGGUCGUGUUCACAGACUUCUCCGCAAGGGGAACUACGCCGAGCGCGUCGGUGCCGGAGCUCCCGUCUAUCUGGCGGCUGUGCUCGAGUAUCUGACCGCUGAGAUCCUGGAGUUGGCUGGAAACGCCGCGAGAGACAACAAGAAGACCCGCAUCAUUCCCCGUCACCUGCAGCUGGCGGUGCGCAAUGACGAGGAGCUCAACAAACUCCUGGGUCGAGUGACCAUCGCUCAGGGCGGCGUGCUGCCCAACAUCCAGGCCGUGCUGCUGCCCAAGAAGACCGAGAAACCCGCCAAAGCCAAGUAAACCGAGUCCGCUCUGUUUCUCAAACACAAAGGCUCUUUUAAGAGCCAC